AUGCACAAUAAGGUGGUGGCAAUGGGUGCGUCGCUCAUUCGAGAGCUGCGGUGUCUUGGGAAUAAAGAGCUGGUGCAAGUGUAUCACUGCGGCUCAGAGCUGUCGGAGCAAUCCAAGAUGUUACUCUUCACUAUAGACGAUAGGCUGGAGCUCGUUGAUGUGUGUGGGGACCUAGUGGGGCAGGGUGUUCUCAACCAGACAAUGGCCGACAAGUUCCGUAAUUGGUGGAUCAAACCCCUGGCCAUGUAUCAUACAGACCUCCGCCAUGUUAUGCUCAUGGAUGUGGAUGAUAUUAGUAUUAAGAAUCCUGCUGCCUUACGGGAUCUCAAACCAUACAAGACAACAGGCACGACGUUUUUCUACGACCGACAUUAUCUACAGAAACUCUUCGCUACGUUCGACUACGGCCGAUUUAACGUCCUGGGAGGAAACUCUCCGUCGCAGCAUGCGCUGGAGUCUUUUGCCUAUACUAACAAGACAUGCCACGAGAUGGACUCGUCCUUGGUGCUCGUAGACAAAGACCGCGCAGGACAGCGCGUCAUGGACAUCAUGCUCUGGUUCAUCACUGAGGAACGCUUCCGCUUCCGCUAUUCCUUCGGGGACAAGGAGACUUUCUGGCUCGCCUUUGAGAUGGCCCAUGUGCCUUACGCUUUCUCACCGUGGGGGGUCAGUGGCGUAUCGUCCACUCCUAACCGCGAUAUGGAGCUGCAUCCCGACACACUAUGCGGUAGUAUUCUCCACUACAUGCCCAUAAACGAUCAAGACCCUGAAAUGCUAUAUGUAAACGGUAAAGCUCUACUAGAUCCGUACCCAGAAGGAAUCAAAGAAGCGCCCAAGACGCGAUGGAACAAUAUGUUCAACGCUCUCCCCACACACAUGACGCCACGACAGCCAAGAGCUGUACUCGGCAAGUUCGGAGAUGAGGAAAACAUUUACUCGGAAUGUCUCGUCGAUCUGGGCUCCACACCAUUACCCGAGCUAUUUACUGGUAGUUUAUUGCGUCGUCGUCUCCACUAUUACGGAGUCCAGUCGGGAAUGCUAGCAACACUGCAACACUGCACGACGUAUCAGUAG